AUGCCGGCGCUGGCCCAGCGGCUCGGGCUGCCCCAGGGCCCCGGCGAGGCCUGCGAGGAGCUGCGCCUCGGGCUGCUGCAGUUGCUCACCGAGCUGCUCCGCCGCUGCGACCGGACCGCCCUGGUGCCCUUCCUGGCCGAGGCCGUGGCCGUCCUGCGCGCAGCCCUGCUCGACCCCUUCCCGCCCGCCAAGCGCCAAGGGUGCCAGGGGUGCCAGGCCGCCGCCGCCGCCCUGCCAGAUCAUUUUCACCUGCAGUCGGAAAGCUUGAUCAGUCCCUUAAUGCAGGCCAUUUCCCAUCAACACUACAAGGUCCGUGUUGCUGUCAUUCACGCCACAGGAUCCGUGAUCCAAUUUGGCAAUGUGAAAUCGCUGGAUGACGUGCUUUCCCACCUUGCCCAGCGAUGCUUUGAUGACAUUCCACAGGUCAGAGAGGCUGUUNUCAGCGUUGUCGGGGAAUGGCUGUUGCACCUGCGGGAUCGCUAUUCCUAUUUCCAUAAGUUAAUCCCUCUCUUACUCAGCGGCCUGACGGAUGAAAUGCAUGAGAAUAAGGAGCUGGCUUUAACUUACUGGAAGAAAGUGGGAUUGCAGUGGGAAAAAGAAAAUGAAGAAGAUAUUAAGGAUAAACUUGAUUUUUAUGCUGAGCCUUCUUAUUAUCCACCAGGAUUAACUCGCCCGAACCUGGGAUGUCGAGAGCUGGUAACCAGAAACAUCUUCAAAAUACUUCCUGGCCUCUGCCACGAUAUCACCGACUGGGUCAAAGACACCCGAGUCAAGGCAUCCCAGCUCCUGUUUAUAUUGUUGCAGCACGCGGAGGAUCACAUCACUCAACACAUGGAACUCCUCCUGCGGACGUUGUACCGCGUGUGCUCCGAUGAGGAAAGGAGCGUGGUUAGCAACUGUUUGAAAGCAACAAAGCUGAUUGGCGCCUUUGUCAACCCAGCGGUCUCUCUGAAACUGAUCCUGUCCGACCUCCAAAGAGCCCCCACGGCGUCUUACCUCAUGAUUCUGGCGGCCGUGAUCGAGGGCUCUCCCCGCAAAGUCUUGCAACCUCAUUUGGUGACCCUUAGCGCCGCCCUCUGCAACCCUGAAGUCAGUCAGCGGACGGAAGAGGUCUUUUAUUUGGAGCAGCUGCUUUGCUGUGUGGAAGCCCUCACUGAGCUGUGCCAGGAAGACUGCAAAGAAAUAAGCCUGCAGCUCACCAAGGUUUUGGUGACCAUCAUGGCAAUACCAACCACUGGACACUUACAUUUAGAGGAAGCCAUGAACGCAUUGGCCGAGGUUCAGCACAUUCGGAGUGUUGCUGGCUUAUACAAGCAGCACAUAUCUCAACUAAUGGACUGGAUGUCCUCAACUCACGACCGCUGGAGCUGCUACUCCCCAGAACUCUUGCAGCUGGAUGUAAUUGCGACUCAGUCAGGCCCUGCGAUUGCCGAAGUGCUGAAGGAUUUUAUUGCCAUCCUUAGAACUUGCCUCCAGACUUCCAGGGACCCUCGGAUGCGUCUGAAGUUGUUUUCUAUUUUAUCCGAAUUGCUUCAGAACCCAGGCAAGACAGUCAACUCAGAAGGGCAGUUCGGUAACUACCUUGAGAUUGUGAUAAAAGACAUCCUGUCUCCUAAUCUCCAGUGGCAGGCGGGAAGAACGGCAGCUGCCAUCCGCACCACGGCUGUGGCUUGCCUCUGGGCUCUGAUUUACAGCGAACUGCUCUCUCCAGAAGAGUUGCAAAAUGUCAAAGAUGCCCUCAUGCCUCAGAUCAUGGCGACGCUGGAGGAAGAUUCCAAAAUGACCCGUUUGAUGUCUUGCCGAAUUGUCAGGACUUUUUUAGACAAUUGCGGAAAACAGCCUGAACUCAGCAAAAUUUAUCCAGAACUCUUGAAGCGCUUGGAUGAUGUCUCGCACGAUGUCCGUUUGGCAGCUGCCGAUGCCUUGACCAGUUGGUUCAAGUGUGUAAAUGACCCGGAGACGAAAGCUCUUCUGAAAACCAACAUUGAGCUUCUCUACAAAGAGUUGUUAAUUCACCUGGAUGAUCCCGACCAAAAUAUCCAAUCGGCUGCUUUAGGUAAUUAUCCUGUUCAGUAA